AUUUUGGCGCAGUCCAACUCGUUCCGGUCAUGUGAUUAGCAGAAGUCCUUGCCUCCCCAGCCCAUCGUCUGCUCUUAACCAAUCAGAGGGGAGGGGAGCGGCAUGUUCAGAAUUGAACUUUAGCUGGAUGCUUGCUUUCUUGGGGUUGGUAGCCAUAUUCGACCGCAGGGUGGCCGCUGGCUGCGCCUCAUGCCCCGCAGAGCACCAAAGAGAAACCCGAAGCAACAGCUGCAAUUCAUCCAAGCGCCGCUAGAUGGAGCCUCUCACCCGUACGGGCCAAAAGUGCGAGUUGCUCGCCACCCCAAAAUCUAUCUGUCAGAGGAACAGUGUCAGAGCAGCACUGCUCAUUCUUGGGUAACACCGCAGUUUGACCGCUGCAUGAUGAGCCAAACCCUGCGUCCGCACACACGCAGAGGGGUGAAGAGGAGCUGCUCGAACGGGAGUGACCUGGACAGCAGUUCGCUGCUCCGUUUGCCACGGCACAGGAAAGCCAGCGUCUGCAAGUUCCCCACCCUGUCCUUCCAGAAGCAGGCCACGGCCCCCGCUCGUCCUCCUGUCGCAAGAGGGAACGGAGGGAAGGCUAACCUGGGAGGUGUCCGCGAGGACAACCGCACCGCAGGUCCUGACGACCGAGGGCCUUCUUCGAAUCGCAACGCGGAAACGCGAGCGAGUGUUCCCUCCCUCGGGAACGAGACUGUAGGGGACGCGUGCGAAUUGUGCCCGGCCGCCGCCGCGUCUCUCACAGGGGGAGCGAACAACCCCCCGGACUCUACCAUUAGUACCCCUGCUGGGGAGAAGCAGCCUCCCUUCACGGACGGUGGGUUCACCCCCCCGGAUAUAGAGACUCCGGACGCGGUGCAUGCGAGCAGGACUUGCAGUGCUUCGCGGGAGACUCGUCUGUCCAAGCUCCGCCUCCUGUUCCCCAGUACUCCGUUGCAGGCCCCGCCCCCUCCGGUGCUGGUGAGUGACACUCCAGAAGAACACUAUGGGAGGAACUGGGGGCGGAGCCAGCUCAGCUUCCUGUAGGACUACAGACGGCAGCAUUAUAACCAUGCUGGUUGUAGUCCCUGGUUGUAAGAACAGAAGGAACAGGGGCGUUCUGUAGCGUAGUGGUUACCCGGUUGACUGGGCCUCGCAAGGUCGGUGGUUCGAAUCCCCGGCGUAGCUACACUAAGAUCCACACAGCCUUGAGCAAGGCCCUUAACCUUGCAUUACUCCAGGGGAGGAUUGUCUCCUGCUUAGUCUAAUCAACUAAGUCACUAUGGAUAAAACAUCAGCCAAAUGACUUGUAAUGUAAUGAACUGCUGGUCAAAAUAACCAUGGGAAUUCUGGGCUGCUCGUUAUGUAAAGUGUGAUCAUUGGUGCUGGGAAGGGAAAGAAUGAAAAUGCUGUGCUGCAGUGAGCUACUGGUGCUAGCUGUGAUGCAUUCGUUGCCAUUUGUGUAUGGAAUAACAAGGUUUUCUAUUGCUACACAUUUGCAGCAGCAUUAGCAUUUAGACUUAAGAAAUUAAGUCUGUAUUGUGAAUAAAGACUAAAGAGCA